UUCUUUAUCUGGUUUUCUAAGUCUAGGAUCAUGGUCAAAGCUUAGGUUAAAGGUACGAGGUGUUACAGUAUACACCGACAUACAGUAUUAUACACUCAUAUACACCAAUAUACAGUCAUCGCCGGAGUUCCGUUCUCGGGCGAACUCCAACACCACCACCAGAACCAACUGUUCAAACAUCAAAGAUCCGGCGUGACAGAAGGAGAGGGAAAAUUAAAAAAAAUUAAAGAUCUGGCCUGACAAAGGGAGAUGGGAAAUUAAAAAAAAAAAACUAAAAAACAAAAAAAAAUAAUAAUAAUAAAAUUUAAAAAAAAAAGAGGCAGUGGCAAACUCCAAAAAAAAUUUAAAAAAAAUAAAAAUUAAAAAUUAAAAUUAAAUUAAAUUUUUUUUUAAAAAAGGAGGCAGUGGCGAACUCCAAAAAAAAAAAUUAAAAAAUUAAAAAAAUUAGAAAAAAAAAACGAAAAAGAAGGAGGCACUGGAGAGAGGGGGCGGAAGAGGGGAAUGGGUCAUUUUUUGAAAAGUAAUUUUUAUUUAAACUGGAGUUGGGUUACUAUGGCCAAGAAACUCAAAUAUGGGCUAAAUUUGGUCGCAUUGGUAUUCCAAUUGAUACUGAGUGUAAUUAGCCCAUAAAUAAGAGUAGUUAAUUUCUUAAUGUACUUGAUUUUUGUAAGGUAACGCUUAAUUUGGGACUAAUAUCUGAUGCCCCUUAAAAUCUCCCUAUGACUUAGCUCAUUACUUAUUAUUUUGUUUUAUUAAAAUUCAUUAUUAAUGCGGACAAAACUUGCUAUACCAUCGUUUGCUAGAAUGAGACACAUAACAACUCAUUCUCACAACUGCCAACUCAAAACCCAACAACCUCGUGACUAUUCCUCUGUUGAUGUUAUCAAACUAAACAAAACAUUACAUGAUCUUGUCAAAUAUGAAUCUUUAACCUCUGCACUCCACAUGUUCGACAAAAUGCCUCAACGAGAUGUAAUUACAUGGAAUAUCAUGAUUUCUGGAUACAAUCAAAAUGGGUUUCCAAGAAAAUCACUAAACUUGUAUAACAACAUGGUUUCUUUAGGUAUUAAGGAGAAUUCAUCUACUUUGUCAUCUAUAUUGAGUAUAUGUGCUAAUGCAGGUUUAUGUAAAGAAGGGGUUGAGAUUCAUAGUAGAGUAGUUGUUUUGGGGUUUAAUAUGAACUUAUAUAUUGCUAGUGCACUUGUUAAUAUGUAUAUACAAAUGGGGUUUAUAGAUGUUGGUUUAAAAUUGUUUUAUGACUUACCAAAACGAAACUUAGCGGUAUGGAACGUGGUUUUACGUGGAAUUUGUGAGUUGGGACAAUCGACUGAGUUGUUAAGGUUGUAUAGUGAUAUGAAGUUGGAGAAUGUGGAGCCUAAUGGACUUACAUUUUGUUAUUUGAUUCAUGGUUGUUGUAAAGAGAGAGUUUUUGAUAAGGGCAGGGAGAUGCAUUCGCGUGUGAUUAGGAUUGGAUGGUUAGAAUCGAGUAUUUUUUUAGCGAAUGCAUUGGUGGAUUUUUACUCUGCUUGUGGCGCUUUGCUUGAUGCCGAUAAAGCAUUUGAGUGUAUUCUACCUCAGGAUGUCAUUUCAUGGAAUUCAAUGGUUACCGUCUAUGCUGCCAAUAAUUUGUUGCAUGAAGCUGUUCGAGUCCUAGAAGAGAUGAGAUCGUGGGACAAACAUCCAUCUGCUAUGUCUUUCGUAGCGUUGUUGAAUUUAUCAAGUCGCAGAAAGGAACUGCUAUUUGGAAAACAGAUACAUAAUUUUGUUGUAAAAUCGGGUGUUGAUUAUGGAAGUGUCCUCAUUCAGUCGGCUUUGAUUGAUAUGUAUGGGAAAAAUGAUGAUAUUGAAAGUUCAGUUUCUGUAUUCCAGAGUUCCCGUAAGAGAAGUCUCGAAUGUUGUAAUUCAAUGAUGACAUCUUUGCUGCAUCUCGGUUUCCUCGAAGAUGUGUUUGAGCUUUUUAGUCGGAUGGUUUGUGAAAAUAUUGUGUUUGAUGAAGUGAGUUUGUCCUCAACAAUAAAGGCAUUAUCAUUGUAUUCCUCUCCUAGCUUGGAUAACUGUGCUUUGUUGCAUUGUUGUGCAAUAAAAUCAGGUUUUGAUUCUGAUAGUAUGGUCUUAUGUUCUCUGAUUGAUGCAUAUUCAAGAUCGGGACAGAUUAGAUUCUCUCAGCAGAUUUUCGAAGCGCUUCCCUCACCUAAUAUCCUCGGUUUCACUUCAAUAAUUAAUGGAUAUGCUCGUAAAGGAAUGGGAAGUGAAUGCCUUGGAAUGUUUGAAGAAAUGAUCCAAAAGGGUGUAAAACCAGAUGAAGUCACGUUCUUGUGUAUACUGUUGGGCUGCAACCAUUCAGGUCUAGUCGAAGAAGGGAAAAAGAUUUUUGAAUCGAUGAGAACUCUUCAUGAGGUCUAUCCAGACAGGCGGCACUAUUCAUGUAUGGUGGAUCUUCUAGGCCGUGCAGGUCUAGUCAAUGAGGCAGAAGAGUUGCUAAAUCAUGCAUCAUCGACAGGAGAUUCUGUCAUGUGGAGCUCACUUUUGCGAAGUUGCAGGAUUCAUCAAAAUGAGAAUGUUGGAAGAAGAGCAGCUAAAAAGUUAAUGGAUCUUGAGCCAGAGGAUCCUUCUGUUUGGUUACAGGCCUCAAAUUUUUAUUCUGAAAUUGGGGAGUUUGAGACUGCAAUAUAUAUUCAAGAGGUUGCAGUCGCAAGGAAGAUGAGCAGUGAUAUUGGCUAUAGUUUAAUUCGGGUGCAUGAGUGCCAUUAAA